AUGAACAAAGUUCGGACACAACCUUAUAUGACAUUUGUUGGAGUCCCGGGGUCCGGAAAGUCAGCAACGAUUCAUCACAUAGCCCUGAUUCUAGAGAAGGAAGGUUACGAGGCUGUGCCAAUUAUAGACAUCAGUGAGAUUUACCGUUAUUGUGACCCUCAUAAUCCCCAGGUUUUUGUCAUCGAUGAUGUGGUAGGUGUGUUCGGUCUGCAAACACAAAAGUUAGAGACUUUAGUUGACUAUGAAAAAAUUAUUUCAGAUCCGUCCAGACAUACAAAGGUACUGAUGUCAUGCAGGGAAGCAGUGUUAAAUGAAUGUUACGAAUCCUUUUUCAAAAAUGAGGAAAACGUAAUCAAAAUGUGUAGUCCAGAAAAUUCAUUGAAUGAUGAAGACAAAAAAGCCAUUUUUCAGAGGCACGGCUUGGAUAAAGAUUUAUUGUCCCCUACAUUACUGAGAGAAGCAUCGGCGAUGUUUCCUCUAUUAUGUAAACUCAUAUCAAAAGAGGCGAGUUUUAGGAACAACAUUGAAAGGUUCUUAACUUGUCCAACUGCAUGCAUUUUAAAGGAGUUUGACAAAAUGCGGGAACGGAAUAGAUUACAUUAUGCUACAUUAGUCUUAUGCCUGUUAAAUAACAAUAAAUUAUCAAAGGAAAUAUUAAACGACACAGAAAAUAAGGCCUUCUACGAAAUGAAAUCAAAAGCAUUAGAAAGUUGUGAAGUUGAGAGUUACACGGAUCCAUUUAAAUUUGUUAAAGCAUUGGCAGCUAUGGAGGGGACAUACACAAAACUCUAUGGUACUGAGUAUACCUUCAUUCAUGACUCCAUGUUUGAAAUCAUUGCUCAUCAUUUUGGUUCUCAAUUCCUAGAUCUCAUUUUACAAUUUAUGAGUAGUAGUUACAUUGCUAACUAUGUAAAGCUUCAAAAAUAUGAAAUGCUUAAAUUAGAGAGUGAACUAAAGCAAGCAAGUGAAAAAGUUGCAAUCAAAAGUGAGGUUAAAAAUGAAAAAAACAUUGCUUGUGAAAGUUCACAAAAAGGAGAGAAAGAGGCUUUAAGUGCUGAAAACUGUGAUAGAAUGGAGUCAUUUGAUCUCUGUAUAAGGAUAGGUGAGGAUCAGUACUCUUUGUUAGCAGAGCGUUUGUACAAAGAUAUAGAAAAUAUGGAGCUGUAUGAUGUUUUUAUGAAUAAUGCUUUGAAACAUCCUAAGGUAUGUCAGGCUUUUAUUGAGGUGUUAAAGACCAAGUCUUACUCAGAGUUAAAGUCUUUGUUUCUGUCAGAACAGAAAGACGUGUCUAAGGUGGUGAGUAAAGGAGAGCGUGUGACAGAGGAGAGUGAGGAGAGGGAUAAGAGGAGCAGAGAGAGGCACAGACAGGAGGUGUUGGUGAAUGGUAUAGGAAUAACAUACAGUGUGAGGGUUAUUAGUUGGGUAGUUUACUACGGACACAGUCAGAUUAUGCAAUAUAUUUUAGAGCAAACUGAUUUGCACAAAGAAACGCAGUCUGAAUUUUUUUGGAAUUUUUUUCAUCUGGAUUUCACUCAAACAACAAAACAAGAUAAAAAGAAUAUUGCAGCAAAUUAUCAAAUAGAAAAUCCAUGGUCAUUCAGAGACCCGGACAUUAAUGGAUCCAUAUCUGAACACAAACGUUUACUUUUGCUGAGUUGUUACAAUGGAGAUUUAGAAACUGUGAAAAUAUUUACUAGAUAUUUCAAAAGAGAAACAAUUUAUAUGACUUAUCCAAAUUUAGACAUUAAAUAUGUAUUAGGAAACAAAACACUUUCAGCCGCUUGUGAGGAGGGACAUCCGAGUGUAGUGAAGGAGCUGUUAGAGGCAAGGGCUGAUGUUAAUAAAAAAGAUAUGUAUGAUACACCUCUGACAGCUGCGUGUAGGGGUGGACAUCUGGGUGUAGUGAAGGAGCUGUUAGCGGCAGGGGUUGAUGCCAAUCAAAAUGAUAAGUAUGAUACACCUCUGACAAUUGCUUGCGAGGGUGGACAUCUGAGUGUUGUGAAGGAGUUGCUCGGGGCAAGGGCUACUGUCAACCCAUAUGGUGUUUAUAAAUUACCGCUGAUAGUAGCUUGUGAUGGUGGAUUUAUAAAUAUAGUGAAGGAGUUGUUAGAGGCAGGGGCUGAUGUAAACGCACAGAGUUUCUAUGAUACACCACUGAGAGCCGCUGCUGAGGGUGGAUAUAUAAGUAUAGUGAAGAAAUUGCUCGGGGCAGGGGCUAAUGUAAAUCAACAAGAUUACGAUGGGUUGUCUGCAUGUAAGGGUGGACAUCUGAAUAUAGUAAGAGAGCUGGUAGAGGCAGGUGUUGAUGUCAAUCUACUAGCUGAUGAUUGUACGCCACUUACGGCUGCAUGUAAGGGUGGACAUCUUAAUAUAGUAAGAGAGCUGGUAGAGGCAGGUGUUGAUGUCAAUCUACUAGAUGAGGAUUGUACACCACUGACGGCUGCAUGUAAGGGUGGACAUCUUAAUAUAGUGAGAGAGCUGCUAGUGGCAGGGGCUGAUGUUAACCUAGAAGGUAAGUCUGAUACACCAUUGACAACUGAAUGCAAGGGUGGGCAUCUAAAUAUAGUAAGGGAGUUGCUAGAGGCAAAGGCUGAUGUUAAUCUACAAGUUGUGUAUCAUACACCACUUACAGCUGCAUGUAAGGGUGGACAUACAGACUUAGUGAAGGAACUCUUAGAGGCAGGUGCUGAUGUCAAUCCACGCGGUAAAAUAGAUUCACCUUUAACAGUUGCAGUUAAAGUUGAAAAUAUGAUUAUAUUUAAGAAGCUGCUUAGUGUAGGGGCCGAUGUUAAUCCACAAGACAAAUUUUAUACACCUUUGAUAGCAGCAUGUGAAGGAAAGCAUGAGAGUUUUGUGAAGGAGUUGUUAGAUGCAGGGGCUGAUGUUAAUCUACAAAGUAUAAAAGAAACACCACUUAUAACAGCCUGUUAUGGUGGGCAUUUGAAAAUUGUGAUGGAGUUGUUAAAGGCAGGAGCUAAUGUUAAUCUACAAAUUAAAUCUUAUACAGCACUGAUAGCGGCAUUUUGGGGUGAACAUGAAGACGUAGUGAAAGAGCUUCUAAAAGCUGGGGCUAAUGUCAAUUUUCAGGGUAAAUAUUACAAACCAAUGAUAAUGUAUUCAGGAAGACUCAUAUGUUCAUCCCCUAAAUCUUAUUCAACUCUGACAUUAGCAUGUAAAUAUGGAUAUUUGAGAGAAGUUAAAACUCUGCUUAAGGCAGGAGCUGAAGUUAAUCCUCGGGAUGAAUAUUUCACACCACUAAUAGCAGCAAUUUGGAAAGGAGAUAUGAGUAUUAUGAAGGAAUUGCUAAGUGCAGGAGCUGAUGUCAACCUACAAGGAGAGUGUGAAACACCAAUGAUAGAAGCUUGUAGAACGGGACAUAUGAAUAUUGUGAAAGAGCUGCUGAAGAAAGGGACUGAUGUCAAUCUACAAGGAAAGUAUGAUACACCACUGAUAUCCGCAUGUACAUGCGGAUAUACAAGUAUUGUGAUUGAGCUGCUGAAGGCAGGCGCUGAUGUAAAUCUAGGAAAGCAUAAUACACCGCUGAUAGCAGCAUGUAAUAGGGGGUAUAUAAGCAUUGUGAUAGAGCUGCUAAAGGCAGGGGCUGAUGUCAACCUUCAAAGACAGUAUGAAACACCACUGGCGAAUGCAAUAAAAUGUAAACAUUCAAAUAUUGUGACAGAGCUGAUAAAGGCAGGGGCUGAUGUUAAUCUACAAGGAUUGUGUGAUACACCCCUGACAAAAGCAAUAAAAUAUGAAUGUUCAAGUAUUGUGACAGAGCUGAUUAAGGCAGGGGCUAAUGUUAAUAUACAAGAGAAGUAUAAGUAUAAUACACCGCUGAUACUCGCAUGUUCUAGCGGGCAAAUAACUAUUGUGAUAGAGCUGAUAAAGGCAGGGGCUGAUAUAAAUGCACAAGGAGGCCAUUUUACACCACUGACUGCCGCAUGUAAGAAUGGGUAUAUGGAUAUAGCCAAAAUCUUGCUAGACGCAGGAAGUGAUGUUAAUAAGCAGGAUAAGGAAGGAAAUACCCCUCUCUACACUGCUUUUAGCAUUAGUAAGGCUUUCAAACCUGUUAUACUACGAAUGUUUGACAUCUAUUGUGCAGACUCAACUAUCAAUAAUAAAGAGGAUAUAUCAACGGUAUAUAUUGCAUUAAUUAAAAAUGAAAAUGGUUCUGUUAAACAAUUAUUAAGUACAGAGAAUGAAAGUCAGUCAAAUAAACUGAAGUUACAUUUGUUCGACUGUUUGGUAAAUAUUAGACACAGUGACGUGAUGACUGAUAGUAAGGAUGAUGUGGUGGCGACUCGGAAACGAUUGUGGCGUAUGGAGAGAGGGGGAGAUUUGUAUGAGGCAAUCAUAAAAAGUGAUUGUAGUGGUUUAAAGCAUCUUUUAUGUGUGGGUCUGGAUGUCAAUCAGUGGAUACAGCUGUAUAAUGAUUAUAAUGAUGAGUAUGAUAAGAAACCUUUGUUGUUUACACUGAUUGAUGAGAGUUAUCGUGACAACAGUUUAGUAGUUAAGGUUCAGAUUCUCCUGGAGGCGGAGGUGGAUGUCAAUGUCAGUGUGAGGUACAGGAAGUAUGAUUCUGUGUCAGACAGAGAGGGUGUGUCUGUUCUAGAGAGGACACGACGACUGCUGAGUGCGUGCAGUAAGAAACAGUGGCUAAGAGAUGAAGUGUUUAAGUACACAAGAGUAAUCAAGGAGGUGAAGAAACAUGUAAGACGAUACUCUGUGUAG